GUGGUUUCCAGCCUCUUCCAAUUGCGCUUACAAAGGCUCGCAAUGCCACCUUGUGGGACGUGGAAGGAAACAGGUACAUAGACUUUCUCUCGUUCUUUGCCGUCGCCAACAUGGGUCAUGCUCACCCCAAAAUCGUGGAAGCUGCCAGCAGAGCAAUUCGUGAUUGCCCAAUGGCCAACACAGCAUUCGUCAAUCCUAGCUAUGCAAGACUUGCUUCCAAGAUCAAAGAAAUUUUUGGAUACGAUAGUAUCGUAUGCAUGUGUACUGGAGCCGACAGCACGGACACGGCAACAAAAAUUGCCCGUAAAUGGGGUUACAAGAUCAAGGGUAUUCCUAGUGGGAAAGCCUUUGUACUCACGGCAUCUGCGUGCUACCAUGGGAUUACGAUAUCGACGCAUUCCCUGUCCUCUGCUCCCGAAGACGUGUUUGGUCCGUACGUGCCCUGCGUGGGCCCAAUCUCGCCAUCUGGCGUAUUAGUCGAGUAUGGAGAUAUAGAAAGCCUCAAGAAAGCAUUGGAAAAAGACCACGAGGUUAUUGCAGCGUUCAUGGUGGAACCAAUCCAAGGUUCUGCCGGAAUCGUUGAUCCUCCAGAGGGUUAUCUAAAACAGGCUUAUGAUUUAUGCAAACAGUACGAUGUGCUUUUCAUUGCAGACGAGGUGCAAACGGGUCUGGGAAGAACAGGAGAACUUUUGCACAGCUGGCAUUCUGGGGUGAAACCUGACCUAGUGUGUCUCGGUAAAGCCUUAGCGGGGGGCGUCGCGCCGCUAUCUGCUGUGUGCGGCAAUGCAGACGUGAUGGGUAUCAUCGACGGUGGCGACAUUGGGUCCACAAUGGCAGCUAACCCACCAGCCACGGCGGCAGCAGUUGCGGCAUUAGAAGUCCUGGUCGACGAACGGAUUGCUGAGCAAUCCAAAGAGAAAGGAAAACUGCUGCGAGAGCUGCUCAAAGCCGAGAACCUGCCUCAAGUUUCUGGUCUUACCGGUGCAGGUAUGCUUUGCGCAGCGAUUCUAAACCCUAAAUAUGUGACACCGCAGUUCAAUGGACCAAGGCUGCGGAGUCUGUGUGCCAAGAGAGGGCUAAUGGUCAGCAGCGCGUCCGGUGGCAACCGUAUCCGGAUAUGCCCACCGCCAAC